AUGUCUUCUCUAUCUCGCCGUGCGUGCUUCAAGUGCGGUAAUGUCGGGCACUAUGCCGAGGUGUGCUCUUCGUCUGAGAGGCUCUGCUACAACUGCAAGCAGCCCGGCCACGAGUCCAACGGCUGCCCCCACCCCCGCACCACCGAGACUAAGCAGUGCUACCACUGCCAGGGUGUCGGACACGUCCAGGCUGACUGCCCAACUCUGCGCCUGAGUGGGGCUGGUACGAGCGGACGCUGCUACAGCUGCGGUCUCGCUGGUCACCUUGCUCGCAACUGCCCCAGCCCAGGAAUGGGUCGCGGCGCCGGUGCUCCCCGUGGCGGCUAUGGAGGAGGCUUCAGGGGCGGUUUCGCUGGCGGCGCUCGCCCUGCCACUUGCUACAAGUGCGGUGGACCAAACCACUUUGCCCGUGACUGCCAGGCUCAGGCUAUGAAAUGCUACGCCUGCGGAAAGCUCGGACACAUCUCCCGCGACUGCACCGCUCCCAACGGCGGACCCCUCAACACUGCCGGCAAGACUUGCUACCGCUGCGGCGAGACUGGCCACAUCUCCCGGGACUGCACCCAGCCUGAGGUGAAUGGCGAUGCUGCCACUGCUGCCGCUGCUGCACCUGUUGUUGCGCCUGCUCCCACGGCUGCCGUUGCUUAG